AUGGUUGAUAGAUUUGUUUCUGCUAAAUUUCCUGAUGAGAAAAAUGACCCAAUACUAUUUGACACCGUAAGCAAAUGUAUGGUUCAUGGUCCAUGUGGAGAACGAGAUCCAGGUGCAGCAUGUAUGUCAAAAGGAAAAUGUACGAAAGGAUAUCCAAAUAAGUACACUGACACAACAACUUUGGACGAGGGUGGGUAUCCCAGUUAUCGUCGUCGUCGGGACGGAAUAGAAGUAACUGUCAGAAACAACAAAAAGGCGUAUAAUAUAGAUGUUGUACCCUAUAACCCGCAUCUGUCAAGAAUGUUCAAUUUCCACAUCAAUGUUGAAAUAUGUGCAGGCAUAAGAGCUGUAAAAUAUAUUAACAAAUACAUUCAUAAAGGGGGUGACCGAGCUACGAUGGUUUUGGGAGAACAUGACGAGAUUCUACAAUAUAUUGAUGCAAGGUACAUUGGACCACCUGAGGCUGUAUGGCGUUUACUUGAGUACCACUUGCAUGAAGAAUAUCCUGUUGUACAACGGUUGGCAAUUCAUUUACAGAAUAAGCGACGGGUUUUUUACAACGCAAGGCAAUCAAUGACCUCGGUUAUACAAACAACACAAGAACAUAAGACGACUUUGAUGGGUUAUUUUGAGUAUUAUGCUAAAAUCCUACUGCCCCGACCUAUAUUUAUCAAGAGUUCCCGCAACACUUUGUAUGGAGUAAAAAGGCUAAAGAGUGGAAAAUUAGACAACAAGGAUUUGCAAUUGGAAGAAUGUAUUUUGUUAGCCCUAACGCUGGAGAGUUGUACUACUUACGUAUGUUACUCAUAA